AUGCUAAAGAUUGAGCAAGAAAAUCUACUUAUACAGAAAACUUUAACUGAGCGGUUAUUCCCUGUAGCAGGAGACUCGGUAAAGUCAUUAGAUCGUAUAAUCACUGACUUUGAUUUCACCACAUAUCACCUCAGUACCAUUCCUGGAGACAAGACCAAACUACUUGUAUCCAUCAAUCUCAAGUGCUGGAACGAUUUGCUUAAAUAUGGCGUGUUGGACUAUUUAAGAUCAAAAUUUCAAAACUUCAAUAAUUUGACUAUUUUGGAUAAAGCUCAAGCUGAACAAGGAUACAAUUAUUCACUUUUGUUGGAUACUGACGCGGCAUCUCGCGAUGACGAAGAGACAAAAUUAACAUUGAUUGAAAACUUGAGCUUGUUCAAGCGUCAUUCAAUAGCUGCUCCUUUCCAUAAGGCUUUUGAAAGGUAUGACGAAUUGGCCAAGAAAUACGCAAAUGCAAACACCUAUGCCGAGGAAGUCCAGCAAGAAUUGAGUAAUGAAGAGGUUUUAGUUAUAAGAUAUAGAGGUGCUGAUGAGACCAUAUACUUGAAACCUUCAUUUGAUAGAGUUACUGUUAUUUUCUCAACUUUGUUUCAAGAUGAGACCGAUAAGAUUUUCGGUAAGGUUUUUUUACAAGAGUUUGUUGAUGCUAGAAAGAGAUCGGUACAAACUGCACCUCAAGUUUUAUACUCCCAUAUUGAGGCACCUUUGGACAUUCAAAACUGUGUUCAAGGUUCGUCUAAGGAUGAAAACAAGGGAUACGUUACGUUUGUAUUGUUUCCUAGACAUUUGGUUCGUGGCGAUAAACGAGAAAAUUGUAUAUCACACAUUCAAAUGUUUAGAAGUUAUUUCCAUUAUCACAUCAAAUGUUCAAAAGCAUACAUGCAUUCAAGAAUGAGAUUUAGAGUCAAGGAGUUUUUGAAGAUUUUGAAUAGAGCUAAACCGGAGAAUUUGGAUGAUGAAGGAAAGGUUAUUGAGAAUAGAAAGACUGCUAGUGGUAGAAGAUUCGAUGUUAGGGUAUAA